GGUGACGAGGUCGCGUCGACGGUGAGCGACCUCGGUCCGGUUGUUUGUGCUGGUAUUAUGGUGGCGAGGUUGGUACCGUAUGUCUUGUUGGUAAUUUUAUUUUACGCAGCAAUGGAUGUCUUUGACGAAGGAAUUUGCGAUGAUAUUGUAGCAGAGGACUGGGCAAAAGUAGAACGAUCCAGAAGGGCAGAUGGUUAUAAAGAGGGCAUAGCACAAGGGCAGGAAUCCUGUCUUCAACAGAGUUUCAAUUCAGGGUUUUCGCAAGGAACGGAAGCAAGCUUCAGUCGUAGCUUCAUCAAAGGAACCAUCAGUGCACUAAUAGCGAUGCUCCAUCUCAAAGAUCAGGAUACAAAUGAUGCAGAAACCACAGAAGUCGUCAAUGACCUAGAGUUAAUCAUGUGUGAUCUAGACUCUCUUCAAAUGGAUACUACAAAGGGAUGCUCGUCUAGUGGUGAAGGGAGUUCUAGUGCUGUUAAAGAUGGUCCAAAGAGAAAGGAGGAAGACCAAACAGAUAAGAAAACAACAUGCUGUUUAGACUAUGAUACCAGUCAUUCUGACUCUCCCGGUUCUAGCUCUACAUGUAUUCGUGAUCAAAGUAGCGACAAAGUGACUGGUGGCAAGUCUACUGCAUCUAUUAUGAUAGAUGCUGCUGGAAGCAGUGAAGAACAUUUGUUCUAUUCACAGUCGCGCAAUCAAGAACUCAAUAAGAUCGUUCAAAGAUUAAAGCCACAUCUACAGAGAACCAAGUGUGAACAUAUUCUAUCUGUAUCUCAUCAAUUUCUUUAGUACUUUCCGAUUGAUUGAAAGGGAUUCUGAUGGUGGCUCAGUGUUAGAGUGCCUGCCUUGUUAACAGGAGGUUGUGGGUUUGCUCCCCUGCCGAGUCGUACCAAAGACUAAAAUUGGACCUUCUGCCUUCUUGUCAGGUGCUCGACGUAUGAAAAUGGAGGAGGGUAAUCAUAACAUUGUGAAGGGCGCACUUGGAAAACAGUUCAUACGAGCUGAAACACAACAUCUGGGUCAAUAAGAGUUAUAUUUAUGAUUAUUUUGUAUGGAUCAAGAAAAGGCACAGCUCAAGGGGCACACCCAGUAAAAUUUGAAAAUAAAAUGGUGCAUCCUGUAGAAAACCUGAAUUGCACACCCCGCAAUAUGUGCGAUGAACUUUUUUUUUCUGUGUCGAAUUUUCAGACAAAUUCACACCCUCUGAAAGCCUGACUCUGGAUCCAUGCCCGAAGGAGUUUGGUAUUAGGUAUUGAUUGGAUUCUAUUUUUCACUCAGAUUAUUAGUUGAAUUAAAGUGCAUCCUAGGAAAAAGGGAAACCUGUUUCCAGAGAUGGAAUAUCACAAUCAGUUACCCGUAUCACAAAGCUUAGCUAUGAUCGUAGAUUUUUUUUUAAUGGAUUGAUUGCAUCGACUGCAAUAUACCAUCAGUCGUUAAAAUCAAGCGUACGAUUAAUUGUUAACUAUUGUUUUAUGGGACCCAGAUUAGAUUCAAUCUUAUUGUCCAAUGAAUGGAAGUUCGGUGCACGCUGGUGAUUUAGAAAAAUACUAAUAUAGAUACAAUCUAUACCAAUAAACAAUAUGACAAUCAAUACAUCCAAACACAUCAGCAAAAUAGUAUUGUAACUUCUGCAUGUGGAUUAACUAUUGAAUGAUCAUUGAACUCAUUUGUGACAUUUAUAUAUUGAACUAAAUACAUAAAAAUUAAUGGACAACUGCUCCAGCUAUGUACCCAGGCGUGACAGGCCCCGCCCCUCUCGGACGCAUCGAUCAGUGUUAACAAUGUGUUUAGCAUAUCGUGUAACAGAUCUAUUUAUAAUGCAUAUAGCAUUUUCAUUUAUUUGAUGUACGAUAAAACAGCAAUGUGGAUAAAAUGCCUUGCUGAGGGGCAUAAGUGCUGUGCUGGGAAUCGAACUUCUGAUCCUCGGAUCUCGAGCCAAGCGCCUUAGAUCACUCGGCCCGGCAUCUCCAUUGGUGGAAUAUUAUGUGAUAUCUUCUGAUUUCAAAUUUGAUAUAACUUACAAACUACUUUAUGAAAUAGCAAAUUGUGUAUAUUUAGUUUCAUUGACAUUAAUUGUCAAUUCAAUAGAACUGGUAGCCGUAUUUCACCGUGGGAGGUAUUGUAACUAUACAAUGAAAAGACUCUAUGUAC